AGGCUAGUUUCUUCUCAUAGCUGCUAGUUUCUUCUCAUUGCUUCCUCUCCACUUGCAUGGAACAGGGAGAUACCAUACGCCACUCCACCACUCCACCUCUACAAAAAUCUCCUCCCCUUCUCCACCAAAUUACACAUCUGCCACUUUGUUCCACACUGUAACUCAGCCAUGGCUUCUCUGCAAACCCGUCAUUACAAUUUUCAAUUCCACCGUUGUGUCUCCUCUCUCUCCCCAAAGCUCCACAGCCUCCAAAACCCCAAGCUUUCACUGCGCUUUCCCAUCUCAUUUUCCGGGAAAGUUAGGGUAACUUUUAGAGGAAAUGGGAAGGGCAGAGAUGGAAUUUACUCGCUUUGCUGCUUAUGCAGAGCUGGUUCUGAGGUUGAGAAGGUUUCUGCUGAGGAAGGAAAUGAAAGGCCUCCUUUUGAUAUCAAUUUGGCCGUGGUUCUUGCCGGUUUUGCAUUCGAGGCCUAUAUCAGCCCUCCUGAUAAUAUUGGGAGGCGAGAAGUUGAUGCUGCAGAUUGUAAGACACUGUAUCUUUCAGAGUCAUUUGUACGUGAGAUCUAUGAUGGCGAAUUGUCAGUUAAACUGAAAAACGGUCUCAACUUACCUGCCAUGGAUCCAUGGGGAACAAGUGAUCCAUAUGUGGUCAUGCAAUUAGAUGGUCAAGUUGUCAAAAGCAAGGUUAAAUGGGGGACGAAAGAGCCAACAUGGAACGAGAACUUCAGUUUCAAUAUCAAGCAGCCUCCGACCAUAAAUCUGCAGGUAGCAGCUUGGGAUGCAAACCUAGUAACUCCACAUAAACGAAUGGGGAAUGCAGGCAUCAGUCUGGAAGGCCUUUGUGAUGGAAAUUCGCAUGAUGUACUGGUGGAAUUGGAAGGAAUGGGAGGUGGUGGAAAGUUACACCUCGAGGUCAAAUAUAAAAGUUUUGAUGAAAUUGACGAGGGAAAAAUGUGGUGGAGGAGGGUCCCCUUUGUUUCUGACUUUCUCCGUAAAACUGGUUUUGAGCCUGCUCUAAAAAUGUUUGCUGGCUCUGACACUGUGCAAGCACGUGAAUUUGUGGAAUAUGCUUUUGGGCAGUUAAAGUCAUUCAAUAAUGCCUACCUUUUGAAGAAUCUGAUUUCAAGUAGUGAUGAGAAUAACACAGAAGGCACUAGGAAAUCUAAUAAUUCUGCUGAUGUGUCAGAUGUGCCUUCCCAGAUGGAGGGUAUAGCAGAAGGUUCUUUAAAUAAUACAGGCUUCAAAGAAGGGAGCAAUUCAGAUGAUUCCAAUGCAGAUAAUGGUGGUGUGGAGAAUGGUUAUGCCCCUGAACCCCUGAAACAACUUGGUGAGGAAAGGCAAUCAGAUAAGAAUUUUUGGAGGAACUUUGCCAAUGAAAUUAAUCAAAAUGUUGUUGAGAAAUUUGGUCUCCCAAUUCCAGAGAAACUGAAGUGGGAUGGGUUUGAUUUAUUAAACAAAGUUGGUUUGCAGUCACGAAAGAUAGCAGAAGCAUCUUAUAUUGACUCAGGGCUUGCGACUCCAGAAGGGGUAGAUGUUGAUAAUGAUAAAAUAAGUGGCCCACUUUCUGUUAGCAUGAUUCAGUCUUCACUUCCAGAUAUUAAGGAAGCGACAAGGGACCUAGUAAGGCAAACUGAUUCUGUUUUAGGAACAUUAAUGGUUCUAACUGCAGCAGUAUCUCAAUCAAACAAGGAAGCAAAUCUUGCUGGAAGGAGCAAAAUUAAAGAAGAGGAUACUAGCAAUGUAGAAGAUGAUGCCUUGACAUAUCCCAUCAACGAGAAGCUUGCUAGCUCCCAGGGAGCUGAGGAGAUGAAAGAACUCUUUUCUACUGCAGAAAGUGCCAUGGAGGCUUGGGCGAUGCUUGCUACUUCUAUGGGGCAUCCAAGUUUUAUAAAGUCUGAAUUUGAGAAACUAUGUUUCUUAGACAAUGCGACGACAGACACGCAGGUGGCAAUUUGGUGUGAUUCUUCCCGGAAAAGAUUAGUUAUCGCUUUCAGGGGAACAGAACAGGCAAGAUGGAAGGACUUGCGAACAGAUUUAAUGCUAGCUCCUGCUGGGCUAAAUCCUGAAAGGAUAGGUGGAGACUUCAAGGAAGAAGUUCAAGUUCACAGUGGUUUCUUAAGUGCAUAUGAUUCUGUCAGGAUCAGGAUCAUCUCUCUCAUGAAAUUGGCAAUUGGUUAUAUUGAUGAUCUUGCUGAGCCGCUGCACAAAUGGCAUGUUUAUGUUACUGGUCAUAGUCUAGGUGGUGCAUUAUCUACCCUCCUAGCUCUUGAACUUUCAUCAAGUCAAUUAGCAAAGCGCGGAGUGAUUUCUGUGACCAUGUAUAACUUCGGAUCUCCUAGGGUCGGUAACAAAAAAUUUGCCGAAGUUUAUAAUGAGAAAGUCAAAGAUAGCUGGAGAGUUGUAAACCACAGAGACAUUAUACCAACAGUCCCCCGCUUGAUGGGUUACUGUCAUGUAGCUCAACCUGUUUACCUAGCAACAGGAGACCUAAGAAAUGCCUUGGACAAUAUUGAGCUUUCCGGAGAUGGUUACCAGGGUGAUGUGAUUGGGGAGUACACACCAGAUGCGAUUAUCAGUGAAUUUAUGAAGGGUGAGAUGGAACUUAUCGAGAAAAUAUUAGAGACUGAAAUAAAUAUAUUCAGUUCAAUUAGAGAUGGGACUGCACUUAUGCAGCACAUGGAGGAUUUCUACUACAUCACAUUGCUAGAGAAUGUGAGAUCGAAUUACCAAGUUGCAGCAGCAAGGGCAGUGUCAGAUGAACAAAAAAACAUAAAAAUUAGCUGAGAAUGGCAUCCAACAGGACUUAAACAUGCCUUUGAACGUUCUUAAUUGCCAAUGCUUCUAGGCAUUGUGCCCGCAACAUACCUCCAUCAGUCAGGUGCCAUAUAUUUCUCCAAAUUGUACAUUGUAUACAGGAUUUUUAUGAAAUGGAACAACAUCAGCAGCCAUUUGUAACUCAAAGUUUGUAUAGUUUUCUACAAAUAUCACAAGUCUAUUCCCACAAACAAUUUUCAUAACCAUGGUCUACAUUAGAUUUCUUUAAACUUUUUUA